GCAAAGGGUAUUGAAUUCUUGCGGUGUACAAGAGAGCAACGAGACACUAAAAAUAAUAAAAGUAGAAAAGAGGAAACCUAACCUAACACAAACAGAACGAGUAGUUAGUUAGAUAUGGCGACGCCGGUGAAAGUGUACGGACCAGUCAUUUCGACCGCAGUAUCGAGGGUGUUGGCCUGUCUCAACGAGAAAGACAUCCAAUUCCAACUCAUCCCUCUCAACAUGUCCAAAGGAGAACACAAGAAGCCCAAUUUCCUCAAAAUCCAGCCUUUUGCUCAAGUACCUGCAUUUGAGGACGAUGAUAUUUCCCUAUUCGAGUCUCGAGCGAUAUGCCGGUACAUUUGCGAGAAACACGGAGAGAAGGGGAACAAGGAACUGUACGGUACAAACCCAUUGGUAAAGGCAUCGAUAGAUCAAUGGUUGGAGGCAGAAGGACAAAGCUUCAACCCACCUUCUUCAACUCUUGUGUUCCAGCUGGCAUUCGCACCCAGAAUGAAGAUCAAACAAGACGAGGGAGCAAUCAAACAGAGUAAAGAGAAGUUGGGGAAAGUGCUUGAUGUGUACGAUAAGAGGCUUGGGGAGACUCGUUUCUUGGCCGGUGAUGAAUUCACACUCGCCGACCUUUCACAUCUUCCCAAUAUCCACUACUUGGUUGCUUCCGCUGAUGCCGACACGGCUUCUCUCUUCACUUCUUCUUCAAGAGACAACGUCUCAAGGUGGUGGUCGGAAAUCUCCACGCGUCAAUCAUGGAUGAAGGUCCUCGAUUUGCACCCAAAACAUUGACUCACUCACAACUUCAGUUCACCACAUUAAUUACUACUAUUACUACAUGCUUUCUUUUUAACUUUAAUACUGUCAAGUGCUUAUGUUUUCGCCCGAAAUUAAUAAAAAGGAGUUUUCCAUCGCUUUGCAGUACA